AUAAUCCAUUGCCAUGGAAGCACUUAUGUUCAGAGCGGAAACGAGCUCAAAUCCAUGGACGAUCCGCCAUUUCUGGCUUUAAAUUCGAGCUUCUUUCUGCACGUAAAAUACCAGUUUUUCCCCUCUCUCCAUUUUCCUCGUUGCUCUUACUCCUAAUCUGCUCACCAUGAGAUUUGUAUCCACUGCCAAAUAUCGCUUCUGUUCAUUCUCUUCUUCGAAUCACUUCUUAGGUUUUCUCCGUUCUUCCUCUUCUUCCCCCGUCUCCGCUUCGGCCGCCACCGCCGCUCUCUCCUCACAUUCUUCCUCGCCAUCUGGGGGCGGCGGCGGGAACGGCAAUCAGCACUGGCGGUUCAUGUCAUGGCCCAGUGCUCUGCUUCCAAUCGCUUUCGCCGCCUCGGCCAGCUACUUUUACCUCGAUCAACGCCACUCCCCGGCCCACUGCGACUCUGUGCUCGAUCAUCGUUAUGGUGGGAUGGAAACGACGAAUAUCCGUGAGGAAGUAUACGAGGUGUUCAUUGACGAGCUCAGAAAUAUUCUGCAAAAUGACAUGACUGUGGACUACGACGAGAGGUACUUCCAUGGUAAGCCGCAGAACAGCUUCCAUAAGUCUGCCAAUGUUCCGGAUGUUGUUGUGUAUCCCAGUUGGAAUCAAUCAGCUGCUGGAAUUGGCAGUAUUUGCAGAAAUUAUUCUGUGCAGUUUAGUGGUCAUUUAUGCAACGCGAAAGCAAUCAAUGUGCUAAUUGGGCUGCGAGAAAAGGCUUGGAGUCCCAAAGUUUCAAUUUUACUAAUAAGGUCACAGGAUGAUGUGCAGAAGAUCAUUAUUGCAUGUAACAAGUACAAGGUUCCCAUUGUGCCUUAUGGUGGAGCUACAUCAAUUGAAGGCCACACUUUAGCUACUAAUGGAGGCGUGUGCAUUGAUAUGUCAAUGAUGAAGGAGAUAAAAGCAUUGCAUAUUGAGGACAUGGAUGUAGUCGUUGAACCAGGGAUUGGAUGGAUGGAACUAAAUGAGUAUUUGAAACCUUACGGCCUAUUCUUUCCGCUUGAUCCAGGGCCUGGUGCUACCAUUGGAGGCAUGUGUGCUACUCGUUGUUCUGGUUCGUUAGCUGUAAGGUAUGGAACAAUGCGAGAUAAUGUUAUUAAUCUCCAGGUAGUUCUGGGAAAUGGAGAUGUUGUUAAGACAGCUGCUCGUGCUCGAAAAAGUGCUGCUGGAAGCACCUUUUUUUGGUCUUGUACCAUAAGGCAAAUCUCGAUUAAAGUAAUCUUAGAAAAGUACAUACAAGCUUUUCCAGUGUCCGGUGAUGCAGUUAAUACAUUCAAACAUACACCCUUCAGGUAUGAUUUGACUCGACUGAUGAUUGGAAGUGAAGGAACUUUGGGUGUAAUAACAGAAGUGACUUUACGUCUUCAAAGGCUUCCACAACAUUCAGUGGUUGCUAUGUGUAACUUUCCAACUGUUAAAGACGCUGCUGAUGUAUCUAUUGCGACAAUGCUAUCAGGAAUACAGGUCUCAAGAGUUGAGCUCUUGGAUGAAGUAAUGAUGCAUGCUAUCAAUAUUGCAAAUGGAAAAAAAUUGCCUGAAGUUCCAACCUUGAUGUUUGAAUUUGCUGGCACAGAAGCACAAGCACGAGAGCAGACUCUUCUAGUCCAGAAGAUUGUUUCUGAACAUAAUGGCUCUGAUUUUGUUUACGUUGAAGAUCCAGAGGCUAAAAUAGAACUGUGGAAGAUAAGGAAGGAGGCUCUUUGGGCUUGCUUUGCGAUGGCACCUAAUUUUGAAGCGAUGAUUACGGAUGUUUGUGUUCCUUUAUCAAAGCUUGCGGAUUGCAUAUCAAAAUCUAAACAAAUUCUGGAUGCAUCAUCAUUACUGUGCACGGUUAUUGCACAUGCUGGUGAUGGGAAUUUCCAUACACUUAUCUUAUUUGAUCCAGAGCAAGAGGAACAGAAACGAGAAGCAGAGAGGCUAAACCACUUCAUGGUUCACACAGCUUUGUCAAUGGAAGGAACAUGUACGGGAGAGCAUGGUGUUGGCACCGGCAAAAUGAAAUAUCUCGAGGAAGAGCUUGGCAUGGCGGCAUUGCAGACCAUGAAAAGAAUAAAAACUGCUUUGGAUCCAAACAGCAUCAUGAAUCCAGGGAAGAUCAUUCCUCCACAUGUGUGCAUAUAAUGUUGAUCCUAAUCACUCUUGAAUCCAUGCAGUUAUAAUAAAAGAAUAACACAUUUGCUUUAUGAUGUUUUUAUGUAACUCAUCCUUUGUUAUUUGAAUUGCCAUUUUUGUUUUA